ACAAGCACUGUCAGAACUGUUUAAGAAAGAAACAGCGUAAAUAAACAGCACAGAUUGCGUUUGCGUCCCUGAACACUAUGAAGUCAGGAGCUCUGCUUCUGAUACUGACUGGACUGUUGGCCCGUGGACAAGGCUGGAAGAACAGCUAUGAUGGGGUUCUAAAUUUUCAAUGUCCUGCAGGCCAGUCAAUAUCCUCCAUAACAAGCGAACACAACAAUCGCUAUGAGGACCGGGUUUGGGACUUUGGCUGUCAAGUCACCAGUGGCCAAACCGCAGAAUGUUCCUGGUCAAGUUACGUCAACGACUUCGACCAAGUGCUCUUCUUUGAGUGUCCAGCACAACAAGUGAUUGCAGGAACGAGCAGCUACCACAGCAACAUCCAUGAGGACAGACGCUGGAAGUUUUACUGCUGUAAAAGUAAGUUUAAUGAUGCAAGCUGUCAUUGGACCUCGUACGUGAAUUCCUUUGAUGAGUACUUCCACUGGACCGUGCCUUCCAAGAACGUCCUGGUGGGCACUCAAAGCUACCAUCAAAAUCGUGAAGAAGAUCGACGAUGGAAGUUCAAGGUCUGUGCCCAAAACACAUGUUGAUUCCAAGAUUCAACAUUCUCUCACAGUUCAUGAUGAAUAUUCUCUCAUGAUCCUCUGAAAUAAAUGCAUGUUGAAAACAAA